CAGCUUGCUACUUCUGCUGAGACCGCAACUAAACCCAGAUGUGCCGGGUUGGGAAGCGCAGUUUCUCUUCAUUUUCAGCAGGCUUCGGAUCUUUGUGCGCACUAAGAUAUCAUCCCAGAAAUGGCAAAUUUGCAGACACUCAGUGAGCGAGAGGUGCAGGAGAUGUCCAGCUUGGUUCAGUCAAAUGUAAUGUCAGAGGUAGUGGCCCAACUUCAGGGUUUGUUGGACAAGUUUAGGACAGCCACAUUGGACAUUGCAGUGACUGGUGAGUCAGGGUCUGGAAAAUCAACAUUCAUCAAUGCCUUUCGAGGGCUGGGAGAUGAGGAGGCAGAAUCAGCACCAACGGGAGUAACUGAAACUACCAAGCAGGCCUCAGUUUAUCCCCACCCGUCUUAUCCUACAGUUAGACUCUGGGAUCUCCCUGGAAUUGGAACACCGGACUUCCAUCCACAGCUUUACCUGGAAAAAGUCAAUUUGGAGCGUUAUGACUUUUUUAUAAUUAUUACUUCAGAACGCUUCAAAGAAAAUCAUGUCCUACUGGCACAAAGCAUUAAGUCCAUGGGAAAGAAGUUUUACUUUGUGAGAAGUAAAAUAGACUCUGACAUUAACUGUUGCAUGUUGAGGAGAGGCAAUAAUUUCAGUGAAGCUGAUGUCCUCCAGAAGAUCAGAGAUGACUGUGUAAAUUGUUUGGAGGAAGCAGGGGUAGGCAGACCCAAGGUUUUCUUGAUCUCCUGUUUUGAAGUGCAUAAGUUUGAUUUUGCAAAACUACAAGAAACUUUGGCAAGUGAGCUAGACAGCCACAAACGUCAUGUCUUUCUGCUUGCUCUGCCCAGCUUUUCCAGUUCCUACAUAGAAAAGAAAAAACAAGCCCUUUCUUCUAUUGUGUGGAAAACUGCACUGUCAGCUUGCUUGGCUGCCGUUCUGCCAGGACCAUUAGUAAACUGCAACAUACAGACCCUCAUGGAGACUCUCACCUCCUACCAGCAACAUUUUGGAGUCGAUCACAACUCUCUUUUUAAAUUAUCAACUAAAACCGGGCGCUCAUAUCAGGAACUUCGCUCACAAGUGACGUCCAGCUAUGGAGUGGAGCUUUCCUAUCAGCGUGUUGAGGAGCUGCUGAAACAGGCUGCCGUGGGCCAGCGCUGGCUGGUGGGAAUGCUGGAAGGCAGGAUCCCAUUUCUGGGUAACAUUGUUAAUGGCGGAGUAUCUUUUGUGGCCUCCUACUACUUGCUAAAAUCUGCAAUAGAUGAACUUGCAGAAGAUGGCAAGAGGGUGAUGAAGGCUGCACUACAGGAUGAAUAUGAUACAACAGAAACCACCAUGGAUGAACCUGAAGAUCCAGGGUUCUUCUAUUUUGAUUAAGUUCAAUACUGGUGUGUGAAUUUAAAAUUUCUGGUUUUCUUUACAUUUUUCUUGAAUACUUUUUCAGGCCAAUUGCAGUAAAUGCCCCACUGCCUAAAUUAUUACUGUAUUAUUAUCUCCAAAUAUGAAGUGUGAUUUAUUUCUCUCCUCGUUGUGGCUUUGUGUAUUUCAGUCUUGAUGCGCUGUGUCACAGCUGCCACCUCACUGUCCUUUCUCUGUGGUUCUUUUCCUCGCUAGAUCUCCUUCUCUGUGGGGUUUGAAUGUUAUUCCUGAGAUGACAUGAAUUUUCACCCCCAGUCCAAAAGCCUGCUGUUAAUCUCCUUGACUUUCUUGCUGCAGUCUUCUCAAGUUUAUAAACAUGCCAGCUUGGUUAUGGCUGUCUGACAUCCCACCUUGUAAUACUCUCAGAUUAGGCACAUAACAAACAUGCUGGAAAGUUUAGGAUAGAGAAUUCUGAUAAUCAAAUAACAUUUCCGAAGGUGAUCUCAAGUAUUGACUCAACCUUCACCCAGCAAGUUGGUAAUUUCACAAGUAGACUGCACGUUCUUGGAUUUCAGGAUUUGUGUAUUUAAUCUUCUGAUGUACAAAUAAAUGAUAGAGUCACCAAAUUUUAUUUCAUUUGAAAUAAUCCUCUGGAAAAUUAAAAAAUGUAGCAGUUUUCAUGCAGGUGGUGUAGCCUCAGGGUCACUGUGCAAUCAUGACAGGGUUCUAGUUUUACAGUAAAGGCACAUUGGAUGGCUCUAAAGAUGUCAUGUUAGCAUAGGGUUGCCAGACAUCCCUUAUAUACGGGACAUGUCCCAUAUUUGAUCAUUUUGUCCCCUGUCCCAUACUGACCUUUCAGUGACACCCAAAUGUCCCAUAUUUAGUUCAUUUUCAAAUUUCAUAAUAAAAAUAUAUUUUUA